UUGUUUUGUAGCAUGCAGCCUGCAGAGCUAUUUUAUGUGACCCAUUUAAUUAGUUCAUAUUUAUAGACGAAGAGCCGUCUUCAACACUACGCCCCUACACCAUGCCUAUGCAUUAGUUUAGAAGUUAGUGCUUGCCUGUAAGCACAAUAAGCACAAGAACUAAUUUUUAGCAGAGUUUAAAGGCAUAACUGCCAAAAUGUCCAGCAAAAGGGCAAAGGGAAAGACCACCAAAAAGCGCCCCCAGAGGGCCACCUCAAACGUUUUCGCUAUGUUUGACCAGUCACAGAUUCAAGAGUUUAAAGAGGCCUUCAAUAUGAUCGACCAAAACCGGGAUGGCUUUAUAGAUAAGGAGGAUCUGCACGACAUGCUCGCUUCAUUAGGUAAGAAUCCCACAGAUGAAUAUCUUGAGGCCAUGAUGAAUGAAGCACCUGGUCCCAUCAACUUUACAAUGUUCCUUACUAUGUUUGGAGAAAAACUGAAUGGAACAGACCCAGAGGACGUUAUCAGAAAUGCCUUUGCCUGCUUUGAUGAGGAAGGAACAGGUUUUAUACAAGAGGACUACCUCAGGGAGCUCCUUACCACCAUGGGGGACAGGUUUACAGAUGAAGAAGUGGAUGAGCUCUUCAGAGAAGCCCCUAUUGACAAGAAAGGCAACUUCAACUACGUGGCAUUCACGCGUAUCUUAAAGCAUGGUGCCAAGGACAAAGAUGACUAGGAAAAGACUGAAUCGUGCUGAAGAUUAAUGCAGACGCAUACACUGUUCAUCACACUACACAUAAUGUUUAGGUGUCUCUGGUUCGUACCCUGUUUAGAACAGUUCACAAACUCAUUGGCUUUAUAAGGGAGGUGCAAACUACAAAGCAACACUAAGGCAGUUAACUCCUACCUGUGGACCUCUCCAUUAUGACCUUUGUAGACUUGUACAUAAGAAAUAAACUAAAUAUAAUAAACUGUGUUGUAUUUAGGAGCGGUACAGUGCUGUGGUUGGAUGAAUAUUUGGGAAUAAACUGUGAGAUGAUGAUGA